AUGAAGAGAUGUGCUCGUUACUGUUUAGAAUUGACAAUACACGCAAUGUUGAAGCAAGACCGCAUCUUUCGCCUCCUCCAUUUAGGCUAUAGAGUUGAGCAUCUUUGCAUUGAUUCUUUACAUUCAAUUUGUGGUUCAGAACUUAAAGAGAUUGGAGAACGAUUGCCUAAUCUAAAAUCACUAAUUAUCAAAAGGUGCACUUUUCAUUUCUCCACAAUUAAAUGCUUCAAUUUAAUGUUAGAACAACUUAAACAUCUCCAAAUCCUUUCAAUUUCCAAUUGCGACAAUUUUAAAUGUCAAUUAGAACAAUUGCCGAGAAGCCUUCGAAUUUUCUUUUUGGAUGAUUUUCAAAUGAAGAAUACACAAAAUGUUCUUCGAAAUAUUCAUCGACGAGCACCAAAUAUUACAGUGCUUUCAUUAGAGAAUAUGGAAGAUUUGAAUGAGCAAGUACAAGCAUUUGAGCAUCUUAAAGUGCUUUGUCUUCCUUAUGCUCGUCUUUUUGCAGAUGAUGUUAAUGGGUUUACUCCAAACUUUUUACAACGACUAACGGCUUUUGACAUGGGGAUUGUUAGAGAUGAGUUUGUUCUCUUACGUUUUGUGCCAGAAAUGUUUCCUCAAUUAGAGCAUCUUGAAUUAUAUAGUAUGGGGUAUGUAGACUCUAAACUACACAAAUAUUUGGAUCCAAUUGCUUUGUUUCCUGCAUUGCGAUCGUUUACACUAAAAAUAUUUUCUCGAAAUAAAUUACCUUUGAAUCAUGCUGAUUAUUUGAAAUUUUUGAGUAAAUUAAUUCGGAAAGGGAAAUUGGAGGUAAAUAGACGAAAAAUGAUUCACUGA